AUGAUGAAGAUUAUCGCGGUAGUCCUAGCAGUUGUUCUCACGGUGUCCGCCUCUCGAAACGACGUCACAGAGUCUUCAGGUUGGAAUUUUCGUUUCAAAUGAAAUUGCGGAAGAUCACUCAGCUGAAAUAGGGAUCGGAAAACUUCCGAGAGCUUCUUUAGAAAACUUCCGUAGAAAUUUUUUCCAAAUAACAGAUUCGGAAAUUCAUAAAUUUCAUCUCAAAUCGAGAGAAACGAUUUUUAAGAUUGAUCUCAUUAUAACUGUUUUUGGGCAAUUUUUUACUUAAAAAACUUUUUUUUCAGUUUUUUUCAAUAUUUCAAGAGGCAUCAGAAAAAUGACCGUAUUUUGGGAAGGGGAAAUUCCGAAGAGUUUAUUUCGAUUCACGAUACAUUUUGCAGACAUCCGACAGUCUUCAGCGCAGGCGGUGGCGCCGUCGCAACACGUCGCCACGUCGCCGCAUCCAUUCUCACGUCAGAUCGUCGCCCCCUCGAGGAAUCACCCUAGAGUCAUCACUCCUGUCCCAACCCGUGAGUUCGAAACUUACACAGUUUAUCGAAAAUUUUACAAUAAAGGUCUGACUGGUUUUUUUAUUAGUGAGCUGUGAUACCUUCAAAUUUCGGAAAGCUUAGAAUUGAAUAAAUAAUUGAUAAGUUAGCAAAAAGCUUUUUUUGAAAGUUAAUUUUUGAGAAAAAAAUUUUUUUGGUAGUUUGUAAAAUGAAAUUUAAUAAACUAAGAAGCGUUUUUUUCGCUUAAGUUUUUGCUUCAUAAGCACUUUUUCCAAUUUUUUUCCUAAUUAGUUGAUAUUUUUUUAAAAAAAUUAAGUUUGAACACCUUUUUGAUAUCUCAAGUUUUUCUCCGAGUUCAACACGCCACUGAAAAACAUCCUCCAAUUUUUUCUGAGACCAUUCAGCCGCUCUGACUCAUUCCAGCAUCAUUUAACCGAUUUUGAAUUGCAGGAGGAAGUCGAAGCGUGUUGGGAUUCUGA